CUAAUUAUCACAAGGUAUCCAGAGAAAACAACAUGACCAAACAAGACACAUUAAGACAUUAAGACAUUAGUUGUGGAGGAGAAGUGAACAAAGAACAGAAUAUGGAAGAACAGCUGAAGUUGAAGGUUAUAAAGUGCAAGGCUGCAGUAGCCUGGGGGCCACACAAACCAUUAAGCAUUGAAGAAAUUGAAGUUGCUCCUCCAAAGGCUCAUGAAGUCCGAAUAAAGAUUAUAGCUUCUGGGAUUUGUCGCUCAGAUGAACAUGUAUUGGACGGAAAACUAUCUCAAAUCAAAUAUCCAGUUAUUUUAGGUCAUGAAGCUGCUGGAAUUGUUGAGAGUGUGGGAGUGGGUGUAACUAAAAUAAAACCAGGAGAUAAAGUCAUACCACUGUUUACCCCUCAAUGUGGAGAAUGCAAAAGUUGUAUUGACCCGAAGAGCAACUUAUGCAUCAAAUCAGAUGUUGGCAAAUAUACUGGGUUGAUGUUUGACAACACCAGCAGAUUCACCUGCAAGGGAAAACUGGUUUAUCAUUUUGCAACCACCAGCACCUUUACUGAGUACACUGUUGUGGAUGAAGCAUGUGUUGCUAAGAUAGAUGACAAUGCACCUCUUGAUAAAGUCUGUCUGAUUGGCUGUGGGUUUUCAACAGGCUACGGCUCUGCAGUGAAUGUUGUUAAGGUUACUCCAGGCUCCUCGUGUGCUGUGUUUGGUCUGGGAGGUGUUGGCCUUUCAGUGAUUAUUGGAUGCAAAGUUGCAGGUGCUUCUAAGAUCAUUGCAGUUGAUACAAAUAGUGAUAAGUUUGCUAAAGCAAAAGAGUUAGGAGCCACUCACUGUGUAAACCCGAAGGACUUCAAGGAACCAAUCAAUGAAGUGCUGACAAAUAUGGCUGAUGGAGGAGUGGACUAUUCAUUUGAGUGCAUUGGGAACACUGAUGUCAUGGUUUCUGCCCUUCUAACCAGUAACGCUGGCAGUGGAACCGCUAUGAUUGUUGGAUUGGCGCCUGCAUCAUCGCAGAUUGCAUUUGAUCCAAUGCUGAUGCUCACAGGACGUACAUUGAAAGGGGCUCUAUUUGGCGGCUGGAAGAGCAAGGAUUGUGUUCCAGUGCUAGUCAGGGAUGCGAUGGCAAAGAAGUUUAUAUUGGACGGAUUGAUAUCUCACAAAUUGCCCUUUCAUAAAAUCAAUGAAGGAUUUGAACUUCUGCGUAAGGGUGAAAGCAUUCGCACAGUCUUGGAAAUGUAAAGCGUAUAGAGAAUACUCAAAGGAAAAGCUUUCAUGUUUGCAUAUUACUCAUUUAUCUUUCAUUUUGAUUCUACAUAUUGUAUGUAGACAACCAUUAUAGUAACGCAAUCUAUUUGAUUAUCUUGAACCUACUGGUAAUAUCACAUGCUCUCAUAAAUCUCUUAUUUCUGUAAAAUUAAAGAAUUUGAAAUUA